AUGACGUCCAUGGCGGCGGAAUCCGCCACCACCAUCCUCUGCACUGCCAAGCAGACGCGAUUCCAUAUCGAGUCGCCCAACUACCGAGAGCUCGACGUUCAAGGUCUGCACAUCCUCGUCACAUCAGGCGAGCAGGCUUCGUCCACUGCAAAGGCCAAGUCCAAGCGCUCCGAUGGUCUUGAGAUUUUGUCCAAUGCAAAGCUCCUCCUGAAAGAAGGACAGAGAUAUGCACUCGUCGGCCGUAACGGGACUGGAAAGUCCACCUUGCUGAGAGCUAUUGCGGACAAGCUCAUUCCCGGCAUCCCUGAAGGCACCAGGAUUGCCAUCUUGCAGCAGACGAAGCUGACGGACGAUGAUGGUGAUGAAAAUUCCCGCCAAGGCCGGAAAGCGGAAGCCAGUGUGCUCCAGGAGGUCAUUGACCGGGCGACGGCGAGGGAUACCAUCGAGCAGGAGAUUAAAGCUCUUUCCGACGGUGUUGAUGCCUCGGAUCCAUUCGGGCCUGUACGAGCCUUGCGGUCCCUUAAGCAUCAUCGUUUGCAGAAGCGCCUCUUUCGCAUGGACAAGGAGGCCAGGCUGAGAAGUGGUGCUCGAGGAAUGCAGGCCAGAAAGGCCCUGGUGGCGUUUGAAAAGGUCGUUGCCGAUUCAGAUGUCAUGAUCAACCAGUCAAGCGACGAAAUCUCACCCGAAACACUGCAGGCAGAAACCCAGGAAGCCGCAGACAUGCUCGCCGAGCUCCAGAUCCAGGUCGAACCGUCGCGCAUCGCACAAAUCGAGACCAGGGCCAGAACCAUCCUGACGGGCCUCGGAUUCACCGAGGAGCGCAUGGGCAAGCCCAUCUCCAGCAUGUCUGGAGGCUGGCACAUGCGAGCAGCUCUGGCAACGGCCCUGCUGCAAGACGCCGACAUACUGAUCCUCGACGAGCCGACCAACUUCCUCGACUUGCUGGGCAUCGUGUGGCUGCAGCGGCACCUGCAGCAUCUCGCGGAAGGGGACCGGCCGCCUACCGUCAUCAUGGUAUCGCACGACCGUGACUUCAUCUCCGUCUGCACUGACCUGAUGAUCCUCAAGGAGAAGCAGCUGACCUAUUUCCACGGCGACCUGCCGACGUACGAAGCCUCCCAGGCGGAGCGCAAGCUGUGGCUCAAGAAGAUGAAGGCGGCGCAGGCCAAGCAGCGAGCGCACAUGGAAAAGACGAUUGCGCAAAACAUCAAGGCCGGCAAGGCCAACGACGACCAGAACAAGAUCCGCCAGGCCAAGUCGCGCCAGAAGAAGCUCGACGACCGCAUGGGCCUGCAGGUCAGCGCCAAGGGCCACCGCUUCAAGCUCAACCGCGACAUGGUGGGAUACUUCCACACGGCGCGCGAGGACAUCGACGUGCCCCCCGAGGAGCGUCCCGUCGUCAUCGCCCUCCCGGAGCCUCCGGACCUGCGGUUCCCCGGCUCCCUCCUGUCCCUGGACAACGCCUCGUACCGCUACGGCCCGCGGCUGCCCCUGGUCGUCGACGGCGCCAGCCUCACCGUCGGCAUGGGCGACCGCAUCGGCAUCCUCGGCCUCAACGGCUGCGGCAAAACCACCCUCGUCAGGAUGCUCGUCGACGAGGCGCGCCCGACGGCCGGCAGCGUCACCACCCACCCGCGCCUCAAGCUGGGCUACUACUCGCAGCAUGCUGUCGAGGCCAUCAAGGCCGUGGGCAGGGCGGAUCCCGCCCUGACGGCCCUGGGGCUCCUCACCCGCGAGGUCGACGGCCAGAUGGGCGAGGGUGAGAUUCGCGGCCUGCUGGGCGAGCUGGGCCUCCCCGGCCGCGUCGCCUCCGACACGCCCCUGUGUAAACUGUCGGGAGGGCAGCUGGUGAGGUGCGAGCUUGCCCGCCUGUUCUGGAGGCGGCCGCACUGCUUGAUCCUCGACGAGGUCACCACCCAUCUGGACUAUGAGACGGUGACGGCGCUGCGGGUCGCGCUGGAUGGCUGGGACGGCGCCGUCGUGCUGGUGAGUCACGAUAGAUGGUUUGUGAGGGGGGUCGUGGAGGGUAAUCUGGAUGACGACGGGGAUGAUGGCGAGCAGAGCGACGAGGAGGGCGAGGCGGCGCCGCGGAGGAGGAUCGUGUACAGGUUGAAGGGGGGCAGCAUGACGCCGCUGGAGGGUGGUGUUGAGGAAUUUGAGAAGUCGAUGGAGAAGAGGGUGAAUAAACUAACUGUGCAGUGA